AAAUUAUCUCUUAAACCAUCUCAACAAUUUCAUCAUCAUUAUUCUAUUUCUCUAUGCAUUACUUCCAAAACAAUGAAUCUUUACUACUUUAACUUUCUGUCCUCACCCUUUCUCAUGAACCCUUCACAAACAAUGAAUCAUCUUAGAAAAAAGCUUUCUCUUCCGGUUCCAAUCAUUAUCACCACAGUCUGUGUUCUUCUCUUCACAAUAAUUUUGUAUGCUGAGAGACUCAGUUUCGUGUCGUCCGCAUCUAUUUUCAAGUUCAAAACAUGUCCUAGAAAACAUACCAAGUCGAAAUCAUCUGACAGAAAAAUAGAAGAUGUGGUUUUAAAUGGAACAUGGAUUGAUGAUAGGUUUGAUUUUGAUCCAGAAGAAUGCAAUGUUGCUAAUGGAAAAUGGAUAUUUAACCAUUCUAUAAAGCCUUUAUAUUCUGAUAGAAGUUGUCCAUAUAUUGAUAAACAAUUUUCUUGUGUCAAGAAUGGAAGGAAUGAUUCUCAUUAUCUUCAUUGGGAAUGGCAGCCAGAAGAUUGUACCUUGCCUCAAUUUAAUCCAGAGAUAGCCCUCAAAAAGCUUCAAGGAAAAAGGCUUCUAUUUGUAGGAGAUUCACUUCAAAGAAAUCAAUGGGAAUCUUUUGUUUGUUUGGUUCAAAGUAUUAUACCGGAAAAGAAAAAGUCGAUGAAACGAGGGCGAGUUCAUUCCGUCUUCAAGGCCAAGGAAUAUAAUGCUAGCAUAGAAUUCUAUUGGGCACCAUUUCUUGUGGAGUCCAACACUGACAUUAACAUAAUAGGAGAUCCAAAGAAGAGGAUAAUAAAAGUUGAUGAAAUCAAUGAACGUGCCAAAAAUUGGACAGGAGUUGAUAUUCUUGUUUUCAAUUCCUAUGUUUGGUGGAUGAGUGGUCUUAGAGUUAAAGCAUUGUGGGGCUCAUUUAGUAAUGGAGAAGAAGGGUAUGAAGAAUUGGAUACAUCAAUUGCUUACAACUUAGGUUUGAGGACUUGGGCCAAUUGGGUGGACUCAACUAUCAAUCCAAACAAAACUAGAGUCUUCUUCACAACUAUGUCUCCUGCACACACAAAGAGUGCUGAUUGGGGAAACAAAAACGGCACAAAAUGUUUCAACGAAACAAAGCCAGUAAAAAAGAAGAAUCAUUGGGGAAGUGGUUCAAACAAAGGCAUGAUGAGUGUGGUAGCAAAAGUUAUCAAAACAAUGAAAGUUCCAGUAACUGUCAUCAACAUAACACAAAUCUCAGAAUACAGAAUUGAUGGACAUUCAUCGGUUUACACAGAAACGGGUGGAAAAUUGUUAACUGAAAAAGAAAGGAGGAAUCCAUUAAAUGCUGAUUGCAUACAUUGGUGUUUGCCUGGUGUUCCUGAUACUUGGAAUCAAAUAUUCUUUGCAAUGUUGUGACAAAUGUUUAAGAUUCUUUUGGUUUUGUUUUUUGUUUUUGACAUGAAUGAUGUCAAUUAUGUUAAAGUAUGUAUUCAAAAUUUCAAAUUCAUCAUCUAUUGCAUUUUUGUGAUACAAAAAAAUGUAUGUGUCACAAAUGCUUAAAUGGAGAUUCAUGCAAACAGAAUAUUCAUUGGUACAUUUUGUUUUUUAUUCUCAUACUAAAAAUAUUGUCCUUUUUGAUCUACAAAA